CGUUUUGAAUAAUUAAACGGCGUUUUUUACGCCGUUUCUUAAUCAAACGGGUUAGAAAAGUGGCGAAUUUUGGCACUAAUGGCUUGCCAUACCCUACGUCUUGGUUUCGGGAAGCAGCGCUCUGCCGUGGUUGCUCACAGUUCGCGAGAACCCGAGAGUGUAGGCGGCGGUGGGGAAAUACGCUCGCAGAACUAUGAAGCUUUAACUGUCAAUCAUAUUUACGUGCUGAGGUGUCUCUUUUAUAUUUUGUAUUUUUAAUGCGAAGCUUUUAGAAGACGCUCGUUAAACGUAAUGGGAGGGCGGUCCAGAUCUUCAGGCUCGUUUACAGGCCUGAGCGAGCCUCCGAAGGAUCAGGGCAUCCAUGUCUACCUUUUCUGGACAAAAGAUGGGGAGAAAUAUUUGUCUCACACCACAGGAGAGGUCACAGCGGAGGAGCUGUGUAUCUCUGCAGCAGAGACCGUCGGGAUAACUGCUCUGUGCCAUUCACUGUUUGCGCUCUACAACCCAGAGAGACACUUUUGGUACAGCCCAAACCACAUAUUUAAGCCAGAGGAAAACCCGAGCCUUGUACUUCGCUACUGUAUGAGGUAUUACUUUCGGAACUGGCAUGGACUGAAUGAAAACGAGCCCAUGAUGUGCCGCUAUCCUCCCAAAUCUGGUUCAAAACGGGGUUUCCCUUUACUUGACACAACUUCACUGGAGUAUUUAUUUUCCCAGGCUAAGUAUGAAUUUGUGAAUGAAGUGGUACAAAUAGAAGACGUCAAGACAGAGGAGGAGCAGACUCGCUUCAAAAAUGAGAGUUUGGGAAUGGCUGUGCUUCACCUCUCAUACCAGGCAAUCCAAACACAAUCAACUUUGCAAGAUGUAGCUUCAAAAGUCAGCUUUCUAGACUGCGUUCCAAGAUCUUUCGCCAAACACAUUUCCAGAGACAACUUCCUGACUAAACUCAGGAUCCAGCGAGUGUUUAAAGACUUUGUGCGGUCCUUCCAGCAGCACACAGUGGAUCGGGGCAAGCUGUGCACUGAGGAAAUCAUGUACAAGUACAUCGCUACUCUCGAGCACUUGGCACCACGUUUUGGCACUGAGAUUUUCCCCGUAACCCGCCUGGAUCUGAGGGACGAAGAUGACAGAAGUGGCUCGUGUUCCAGCACCACCCACGCCCAGUGUGGUUCAAAAGACAACUUCUGCGGCCCAAUAUCACAUGAAAUAUCGGUGUCCGGUACUGAGGGGAUUCAGUGGAGGAAGGUGUCUGUUCAGAGGGCACAGGCAAAUAAUUACAUGAGGAAUGGCUACUUAAACUACAUGAGAAAACAAAAACAGCACUCCAGCCAACCAGAUGCAGACACACCCAAUGACUGGACCUUCUUCAGCGAGUUCCCUGAAAUAACUCACAUAGCCAUUACUGAUUCUAAUGUGUGCAUCAGUACUCGAGACAAUCUCUGUAUGGAGGUUCAGAUGAUCUCCAGCCAGGAGGCCCAUUCCUUCGUCUCCCUCCUAGAUGGAUACUACCGACUGACUGCAGACGCCCACCACUAUCUUUGUCAUGAAGUGGCUCCCCCAAGGGUAGUGUGGAGUGAAGCAAAUCUACUGCAUGGACCUAUGCAUGACGAGUUUGUGCUGUCUAAGCUGAAAAAGGAGGCAGAGGAUGAGGGAACUUUCCUCGCUCGUUGGAGUGUUGUUGACUAUAACUGCAUCAUCCUAGCUGUGCUAAUCAAGAAUCAGGAUGGUGCAACACGAAGCCACAAGCAGUUUCGUGUCCACGUAAAGGAUUCAAUGCUCUGUCUGGAGGGCUUGGAACGACAGUUCCCCAGCAUGAAGGAGCUCACCGAUAGCCUCAGGUCGUUUGUUCUCAAGUCUGGUUCGGACAGCUUUACUGUCAAAAAAUGCUGUUCGCCAAAAUCAGGAGAGCUAUCCAACCUUCUGGUGAGGAGACACAAUGAAUGCGAUGUUCAUGCUGAGCCCUUAUCCCAAACCUACAAGACUCGUCUAAUGUUCCCCCAAAUCAAGGACAAAGAUAUCAAACAGGAACAGCAUUUGGGUCGCGGCACCAGAACUAACAUCUACACAGGACGCCUGUUAACGCAGGAAAGAGAGGAAAAUGAUAAUGACGAGUUCAACAACAACUCUCACCGAGGCCACCGAGUCGUUCUUAAGAUUCUGGACCAAACCCAUGAAGAUAUUGCUCUGGUGUUUUUCGAAACCGCAAGUCUCAUGUGCCAGGUAUCCCACCGUCACCUGGUGUUUGUAUAUGGCGUGUCUGUCAAAGGAUCUGAAAACAUCAUGGUGGAGGAAUUUGUGGAUUUCGGGCCUUUGGAUGUCUUCCUUCGCAGAGAAAAGAAUGUGUCUCCUGGGUGGAAGUUCAUUGUUGCAAAACAGCUUGCCAGUGCCCUCGACUAUCUUGAAACCAACGGGUUGGUUCAUGGAAAUGUCUGUGCCAAGAACAUCCUUUUGGUAAAAAAUGGUCUAGAACCUAACACUACUCCUUUCAUCAAGCUGAGUGACCCAGGAAUUGCUCUGAGUGUUCUUUCACGUGAAGAGCGCCUGGAACGUAUCCCAUGGAUUGCCCCUGAGUGCAUUGACAGUGGUUCAAACAUAGGCAGUCAUGCUGACCAGUGGAGCUUUGGCGUAACAGUGCUUGAGAUCUACAACAACGGUGAUCUUCCCUUCAACUUCAACACAUUGUCCGAGAAAGAGCGCUUUUAUCAGCAAAAGGGCCACUUAGCUGAACCAUCUUCCCCAGAGUUGGCCAGGUUCAUCAACAUGUGUUUGACCUAUGAGCCUGAGGAGAGGCCGUCAUUCCGCAAGGUGCUCAGAGAACUCAUAGAACUCAUGAGGAAAGGUUUUGUCAUUCAGUCUGUUAUGCCUUCCAGUGAAGCUUCAGCUAACACAGACCCCACUGUGUUCCAUAAACGCUACCUGAAACAAGUGCGGAUCUUAGGAGAGGGUCACUUUGGAAAGGUGACUCUGUACUUAUAUGACCCGGCCAAUGACGGGAAGGGAGAGCAGGUGGCUGUGAAGUCUUUGAAGCAAGAAAACGACAAAAUUUCUGACGGCUGGAUAAAGGAGAUUGAGAUCCUGAAAUCUCUUUAUCACAGCAACAUUGUGAAAUACAAGGGCUGUUGCACAGAACUGGGAGGGCAAGUCGUCCAACUAAUAAUGGAGUACCUUCCUCUGGGGAGUCUGAAAGACUACCUCCCCAAACGUAACCUUCCGAUGUCUCAUUGUCUCAUGUUUGCUCAGCAGAUCUGUCAGGGGAUGAAUUACUUGCACUCAAAGCGAUACGUCCAUCGAGAUCUGGCUGCCCGUAAUGUCUUGGUGGAAAAUGACAGUCUGGUAAAGAUUGGAGACUUUGGCCUGACGAAGUAUAUCCCUGAGGGAGAGAUCUACUACCGUGUCCGUGAGGAUGGAGACAGUCCAGUGUUCUGGUAUGCCAUCGAGUGCUUGAAAGAGAGUAAAUUUUCCUUCUCCUCUGAUGUUUGGUCCUUUGGAGUUACACUGUAUGAGAUCCUGACCCGCUGUGACCGUCGCCAAAGCCCUCCAGAUAAGUUCUUUGAAAUGAUGAAGGAAGCUCAAGGGCAGAUGACUGUGGUGAUACUGAUAAAACUGUUGGAACAAGGGUUGCGAUUACCUUGUCCUAAGGACAGCCCACAUGAGGUGAAAAUAUUAAUGGAGCGGUGUUGGAGUGCAGAUCCUUCAGAACGGCCAGAUUUUGAGUCCCUCAUUAAAAAGUUUCAGAUUCUACGCCAAACAUACUGGCAGUCCUUUUCAUAGUCUCAGAUAUGCUGAUUUGCUGACGGGGACUAUGUGGAAAUCUACUUGACUACAAGUCGUCGCUUUGCUACAAUGGCAACCAUAUAUUAAGGGGAGCCAGUAAUGUGUUUCUUGCCUAUAUUAAGAGAUAUAUUUACAACCUUUUCAUAAUAAAAGCACACUGCUAUCCUCUUAUAUGUGAUGUUAACACAGUAAUGAACUCAUUUGGUUUGUCUUUUUCUUCUAGUGAGUAUAAUUUCAUGGGCAAAAACUUAUGUUUGUCAACAGUUAAUGGUUUGCAUAUAUCACAGUGAGUAUUAACAGUUUGUGUAAGGUUGAGGGAUUACUGUAUUUCAUUUUGUUUAGUUAUUGUACAUUUUUGACUGUUUAAUUUUGUAAACUUUAAAUGAACAAUUCAGAAUCUAAUAAACAAUUUUCCACAAGCUCUUUUAUUAAAGCCUGAAA